AUGUCGAAACCCAGACUUGUUCUAAACUUCGAGCCUGGAGGUACACCGACUGAGCAGGCGACGGAGAAACGGAAGAACAGCGAUCCGGCAAGGGAGUUAUGGCGAAGCAGAUCUGGGGACCAGGUCUUUGAAUAUUCACAUGCACUCCGCCUCGAAGGCCAGUCAGAACGAUGCUGGUCGUGGUUACAGACGGUUUGGCCAUCAAUUUUCUCGCUCUUACCGCAAAUUCGCUGUGGCGUUGAUGUGAAUGGGCUUCAUGGAGUCCUGGGUUCGAGCGCCAUAGCCCCUAUGGCACACCGUAGGGGGACACGGAGACGUCUGCCUCAAUUCUGGCUUAUCACAGAAAAUGAAAGGCCCAAACGCACAAACGUAGUCCCGAUUCGGAUAGUCAAACGACCUGGUUGGGCCAAAUUAGGCAAGAUUUCGCCUCCUAAAUCCGUAACUCCGGAGUGGUGA